AUGGCAUCUGCUCUGAGCAAACGCCAACAGGCGCGCAAUGAGAGAGCUCUGCAGGAAUUGAUCAAGUCUGUCCCUGGCAAUGACCGCUGGUCGUCAGAUCAGGUGGAUAACAUGAAACGGAAUGGCAACGCGGUCGUCAACAAAUUAUACAACCCGAGAAACGUCAAACCACCUAUUCCCAUUGAUGUCGAUGGGGUGGAUUCUGCAAUGGAAAGAUUUAUCAGACAAAAGUAUGAGUUGAAGGUAUUGGAAGAUGGACGGCCGAAGCCCCCAAGCAGACAUGAUCCGAGUUAUACCGCUACAAAAAGUUCCGACAGGUCACCCCCACCUCUUCCGCCGAAAACAGGAAGACGCUUAGGUUUCGGACUGCGAUCCGCGUCUUACAGCAAUGCCGUUUCUAGCUCGGAGAAGUCGCCUCCGGGAGAGGACUACGCGUUUUCGACGAAUAGACAAUCGAGAAACUUUGGAGCUAGCGUUGUGGAUUCAGAUGGGACAUUUGGAUCAAAAUUAGAAGCACUGCGAGAUAUGGGGUUCCCAAAUCACAAGCGUAAUGCAACUAUUCUGAGAGGCCUGAAUGGAAACAUGGAUAAGACUAUAGAAUCGUUGGUUAGGCUAGGAGAAGGUCCUGCACCGCGGUCUAGAUCCCAGACUCCAGUCCCAAAGGUGACUCCUACGGCUUUUCAGUUUCCUGAACCCGUCAGAAGCCCGAAAUCGACAGCUUCGAAUAAUCCGUUUGAUAACCUGGAUUCCGCCCCGUCGUGUGCACCAUCUGGCUCUGCGGUGAGCCAGGCCGAACAGCAACCUGCCAUCACCAAUGGCGCUAAAUCCUAUAAUCCAUUCGACUUUUUAGGAGCGCAGCCAGCCCUAACACAACCCACGCAAUCACUGGAUCAGUCAUUCCAGCAACUCCAAGUGUCACAGCCUUUAUUUCCAAACAUUACAGGUGGAUAUCCCAGCCAGCAAGGCCAGAUACCAUUCCAAAGAUCUCAGCAAUCCAUAACGCCUCCAGUCACUAUAUCCUCUCAAAACGGCCUUACCGCAUCUCCCGCGCCUAUGAACGGCGCCUACAACCCUUUCUUCCAAAAUGUACAGCCCGUGCCGGGAAAUACGAACAAUAACCCCUAUUUUGAUCAGCCUCCAGGCUUCUCACCAACCAACCCGUUUUUCAAUGUCUCUGGCCAAGUUCAACGCUCUCAGUCGCAGACUCUAGCAUCAGGAAAUGGCGCUGGAAAUGCUAAUCAAUUUCAACGCUACAGCACCAUGCCGGCAUUUUCUUCUUCCUCUGCAUUCCCCCAACAGCAACAGCCACAACCGCAACAAUACGUCCCUCAAGAACAACAGUCAUCUUCCAAUCCCUUCACCCUACCAACUAUCCCUCCAUCAAACCCUUCCUACCAGCCUCAAUUUGAUCUCCAGCCCACGCAUCAGACCCUCAUGUCCCAACAUACUGGCAAAAUAGACAAAUCCAGCAUCCUUGCAUUAUAUAAUUUUUCCCAGCCCCCACCCACAAUUCCCGAACAGCCUGCACAGCAAUCAGCGCCCAAUUUCACCACGCAACCUCAACAGCAGCCACAGCAGCAGCAGCACCAAAAUUCGGCCGCACCAUUCAGCCUCUCCAACUCCAACAGCAGGAACCCAUACCAUACCGCGCCUCCCAACGCAAUGAGCACCCCAGUCGCCGCGCUCACCUCAACCUUGGUGGACUCUAGGUCACAAAUGGGAUUUGCGCCUGCUGGAGUAGAAGGAGGCGCAGGCAGCGGUCCCGGUCCCGGUGGCGUAGGAAAUCCGUUCCCAAGAACACAUAUGAGCCAGGCUAGUGUGGAUAUUGGCGGGAUGCAGAAUGGUCGCCAUAGUCCGGAUGUAUUUGCGAGCUUGAGCUCGAGGCAUGUGCGGUAG